GGAUCAUCCGGUCUCAGUUGGGAAGCACCACAGCGAAGGAGAGCAGCGUAGCAUCUGAUCCUCUGUCGUUCUGUCCUGGCACUCGACCACCAUGUCUUACGCCGGGUCUUAUGCGGCCAAAUCCUACGCGGAUAAGUCUUACGCGGACAAAUCGUACAGGGACAGCGCGUACACGGGAUACGCGGACGAGAAGUCGGCGAAAGAGGCGUACGACGAGCAGCUGAAGAUCGGGGUCGCCGCCGUCACGGGCCUCCCCAUGUGGAAGGUCACGGCGUUCAUCCAGGAGAACAUCAUCGUCAUGGAGACGCGCUGGGAGGGAUUGUGGAUGAACUGCUUCCGGCAGGCCAACAUCCGAAUGCAGUGCAAGGUCUACGAUUCUCUGCUGUUCCUCCCGGCCGACCUCCAGGCCGCCAGGGGCCUCAUGUGCUGCUCCGUCGCUUUGACCACCUUCGCCUGCAUCAUGUCGGCCAUCGGGAUGCGCUGCACCCGUCUGGUCGACUCCCGUCCCAAAACCAAGCACAUUGUUUUGGUGAGCGGAGGGUGCUUGUUUUUGGCCGGCUGCUUGACCACCAUCAUCCCCGUGUCUUGGACGGCUCACGUGAUCAUCCAGGACUUCUACAACCCGCUGCUGAUCGACGCCCAACGUAGAGAGCUGGGAGAGGCUUUGUACAUUGGAUGGGUCACUUCGGCUUUGCUUUUCUGCGCCGGGGUGAUUCUGCUCUGUCGACAUGCGCCGCGGACUCAAGAUAAAGAGGACAUGACUGCAGUUCUGUAUCGGGCCGGAUCGGCUCCGUAUAACUACUCCUACGGGCCCGGAUACGGAUACCAGCCUGCGUACGGAUACCAGCCCGCGUAUCAACCAGCCUAUUCCCCUGUCCCGACAGUUUAUAACCCUCCGAGAUACUGAGACACACAGUGAGUGCUGUGCUUUACCACUAAAAUCAGUCUCCAAUAAAGAAGCUGAGUUGGGAACAAUCUGCAUUAGGAAUCAGAAGAAAGCAGGACUGAUGGAGGCUAAAUUGAUUAAACAUGACUGUAUAUGUGACUGUUAGUUUUUAUAUACUUGAUUUGAAUGCAUUUCCUUCUUGUCUGAAUGACUCUCUGUAAUUUGCACAGACAUAAUAGAAAAAGAGAAACAGCAACGUGUGGAAUAUUUCCACACAGCAUUUAACUGCGUAUGCGUGACUUAAUGUUGGCUCUUUGGUAGGAUUGUGUUUGUUUUCCAUUUUUAAAGCACUGGUUUGAUUUUAAUUAUAUUAAAUAAAUGUGUGAAAAUGACUA